UUUUGCACAAAAAUCUGAGCAAGCCCACAAUUAUUCUUGUUUAAUUUUAAUUAGAUUUAGGCCCGGCCCUGCACUGCCUUAUGACUGCGUUAGACCGAACUCAGAGUGAGUGAGUGGUUUAGCUGCAAGCGCCGCCCACCACCACCCAUGUCUCUGCCGGCAACUCCCACUGCGCCACCACUCUAUUCUCUCUAUCCCGCCUGUCAAACCCCUUUCUUCCACCAUCACCACUCCCGAUCACUUUCCCUCUCUCACACUCUUCCGUUGUUUUUUAGUUCAAGUAGGAUUAAUUUGAAUCAUGGUGCAUCCUCAACCUCAAGGCUCUUGUUAAUUCCGCCUCUUGUUUCAAUUUCAAGACACUCCAACGAGGGCAGUGGAAGCAGUUCGUACGAUCCGGAGCUUCGAUCAGUGCUUGAACUUGCCACUGAUUCCGAAUUAUAUGAGCUUGAAAGAAUUUUAUUUGGGCCAAGUUACUUCAGUCCAAUGUUGAAAUCAAUAACGAAAAGGGCUGAUGUUGAUCACAUUAUGAUCGGAGAAGACCCAGAGGAGAGGGACUAUUUUAUUUCAAUGCUUGAAUCUCGAUUUUUGUACCUAGCAGCUGAUGCACGGUCGACAUUGAGGGGUUGGAGACCAUCAUACAGAAAUGUGUUGCUUGGGAUAAGGAAAAAGUUAAAUGUAUCUUGUUCAGCCAAAUUGUCUGCUGAAGAUCUAGAAGUAGAGAUUUUCCUUCAUCUCUUGCAAGAAUACUCAAGUGAAGAACCAGGAAGUUCUUCAAGCUCUAAGGGCAACUCAAAGAAUUCUGAUGGGUCCAAUAACCUAGAACUGGGACUCAGCCAGUGGAAGGUACAAAAGCUUGCAGCUCUAGGGAUUGGAGCGGCGGAUCUACGCUCAAUGGUUUUGAAGGGAGGUGGGAUGCUUACAUUGGAGAAAUUGUUGGAAUCGUUAGGAGGGAGAUUAUCAGGAAAGAUGAUUACAGAAGCUGCAAAAUAUCAGAUGAAGAAAGAACUUAUUAGGAAGGGUGGACAGUUAGCAACUAUCAACCUGGAAUCGGGAGUGGCAUUGCUGGCUGCUAGACAGGGUCUAAAAGCUGCUGCCACUCGGUAUCUGGGGCUUAGGAGCGUGACUCAGUUACUUGGUCCAAUGAUGUGGGGUACCUUGUUAGCAGAUGUUGUCAUUCAAAUGCUUGGAACAGAUUACGCCAGGAUCUUGCGAGCCAUAUAUGCUUUUGCUCAGAUUCGAAUCUAUCGCUCUCACAAAACAGCAUCAGAUAUUAUGUGAGAAGAUCGGUGUUCUCAACUUGAUUAGAGGCAUUUCUUGUUAGCGAUUGAUUAUUUGUGGAAAAGAAUCACGUCAAUGGAAACUCUGUAAAGAUAACCUCUGAUUGUACAUAAACUUUUUGAACCUCUAUAUGAAAGUGUCAGCAUACAGAUUUCGCGA